AUGAUGAGGCAGAAGACCUCCGGCAUGAGUCCAGAGGCACGAGUCUUUCAAUUCCCACCAAAGCAAAUCAAGAACGAUGCGAGACAAGACAUCCACAGAAAUUUCGCUGCAGAGGCACCUUUCAAGAGGGAAACGCAGAGACCCAAGAAUCCGUUCUGGGAGAUAGAUGUCGACGGCAUUGCGAAACGCGUCGAGCGCAGCUCGAAGAAAAAGGCUGAAUGGCUGAACCCUGUGAUGCCAUUCGAGCCAAUGAUGAGAGCUGCCAGCAUCAUGAAUCCGUCAGCCAACUUUGGUGAUGCGGACAUCGUCAUCAGCCGGGGUGGGUUGCAAGACCUUCUUGAUUUUGCCAGAGGCAAAAGCCAAAAGUCCUUUAGGGUCGAGUUAGACUUGGUCAACACCACGCUCUUCAUCGCUUGGCGCAAGGAGAACAAUUCCUUCAGAACGUACGACGCGGGUCUGGAGAGUUCCGUCUCACAUCAGAGAGUUAUCCAGUACAAUAUCGGCGAGAUGAAGUGCCUAGUGCGUCAUGAGGUCGAUGGUGCUUACUAUGGGCCGGAGGAGAAUGCAACAGGAAACGAUGCCGACGUUGAAGCACCACCCAGCGUCAUACAAAGUACCCCCCAGAAGAACACUCUUAACGGGAAAGCCGGGAUCAGCAGCGAAAUACGAGCUAUUGACAGGGGCCAAGAAACUUCCCCCUCCGUGAUAAUGGAGCUCAAGGCCCGGCCAAGAAUGGAAGCAUGGGACACAAUGAACCAGAUGUACUUUGGAAGAUCGCCCCACCUCGUCAUAGGCCAACACGAAAAGGGGGAGUUUACCGGCGUUCGGAUGAAAGACUGCGAGCCGCUGAUGGAGAAAUGGGAAUGA